UACUCUCGCUCCAGCCUCCCCGCCCCACCCCUCCGGCGUGGGCCCGUCACUCGCUAGGCAAGAAAAAUGGGCGGAGCCGGGGCAAUAGAAGCUGCCCAAUCAGAGACGGGCAGUGGCGCCAGCUUCUCUCUCUCCGCCCUUGCCCUUUCCUCAGUUCCUCUACGCCGUCUCCCGCCCACUGGGCGCCGCUGGCUAGCCGGGCUACAGAGUAAGCCUCCGGCAGGGUAGAGUGACAACUCCCCGAUCGGAAGUUACUGUUGAAGUUUCUUCUGUAUGCUUGAGUCAAGAACUCUCAGUCAUCUUGGUAAUACCGGGUUGGAUGCUUAAAGCUGCAGCAAGAAGACCAGAACUUUCAGAUGCCAGAUAGCAAAGCAGAAUAGAACCUACUGUAGUCUCCGACAUACGACAUAUGAUGUUACUUGGCAUCUCCGGAUAAACAUUAUCAAUCCAAAUUAAGCAUUCUGCUAACAUGUGGGCAGUUGCUUGAGUAAGCGAAAAAACACUAUAUCCAACAACUCAGAUAUGGCGGAAGUGAAGUCAAUGUUCCGGGAAGUUCUUCCAAAACAAGGGCCAUUGUUUGUGGAAGAUAUAACCACAAUGGUGCUGUGUAAACCCAAACUUUUACCCUUAAAAUCUCUGACUCUGGAAAAACUAGAGAAAAUGCAUCAAGCAGCACAGAAUACAAUUCGCCAACAAGAAAUGGCAGAAAAGGAUCAACAGCAAAUAACCCACUGAAUGAUAACUGAGCAUUUUAGGGAACAACCUGCCUUAUCUACUAUUUAACAGUAACUAGAAAAUAUGCUUGUGUGUGCUGAAAGUAGUGUUAAUAUUAUCAAUAAAAUUGAUAAUAUUCAUAUAAAUACAAAAAUAUCCAAGAUUGAUGAAAUUUGUAUUGUGAAUGUAAACACUCUGGUUUGUAUUGAACAUCAACAGUUAAACUAUAAACUAAGUUUUAUGGGGUUUAAGUCAUGUUUUUAGAAUUGCAAAUUAAAUUAUUUGUUCACCAUUCCUAUUGCUAUCUUUUAUAGAUAACAUUCUUGGUAUCUUUUAUAACAUUCUUGGGCACAAGGGACUAAAUACAACUUUUAUAUAGAGGAUCUUUACAUGUUUAUUAAAUCUGAAUUUGAAGAUACAUUCCAAUCUUGCAUAAAGUGCUUGUUGGGCUUUUACAUUACGUAAUUAAAAAAAUUUUUUUAACCAAUUUUAUGUGCCAUGUCACGUUUAAUGCUAUCUUGUGUGACCACAUCCUACCAGUAACGACAAAACUGUCUUAAACCUCACUUUUUUUUUUUUUUUGAGACAGAGUUUCGCUCUUGUUGCCCAAACGAGUGCAAUGGCACCAUCAUCUCGACUCACUGCAACCUCUGCCUCCCAGGUUCAAGCAAUUCUCCUGCCUCAGCCUCCCAAGUAGCUGGGAUUACAGGCAUGUGCCACCAUGCCUGGCUAAUUUUGUAUUUUUAGUAGAGACAGGGUUUCUUCAUGUUGGUCAAGCUGGUCAUGAACUCCCAACCUCAGGUGAUCUGCCCACCUUGGCCUCCCAAAGUGCUGGGAUUACAGGCGUGAGCCAACGCUCCCAGCCCUUAAAUCUCAUUUUUAAGAAACCCUCACCUAUUCUGUAGUCAGCUAAGCUUCUAAAUUUUAAGCACUUGAGAAUAAAAUGACUGCAUUUAUCAUCCAAGUGUCAAUUAAAAACCUAAAAAUGGUUAACUAUAUUUAUAUAAGCCAAGGUGAUAUGGGCUUGAUAAAGCCCAUGAGGUAAAUAUGAACAUUAAACUUGGUUUUAAUUCUAACAGACUGUAUCUAAACCUGUAAUCAGUAUACUCCUAACAGUACCCUCAUAAAUGCUGAAUAUAAUUCUUGUUUGCUGCAGUCAAUAUUUGGCAAUUUAAAUUAGCAUAGACCUUGAGGCCUUGCUGGGUUAUUAGGCUAUGUAAAAGAGGUUAAAAAAAUGAUCAUUAUUAUUAAUUGGUAAUAUUUUCUCAUACAUUGGUUAAAUGUCAAGCUUUGGGUCUUUGGAGUAUAACUUUUUGUAACAUUAGCCAUUAUUUGGUAACAGAAUUUAAGGAUGAUGGAAUGAUGGAAGGUAUUACGUAUUUCUAAAAAUUAAGCUCUAGGUCAGAUAACAAUGGAGUAAAGUGAUACCUGCAUUUUUUCCCCCAGUGUAAUCUUAAUUUACUAUUGUACUUUUCACUUAAAAUUUUGCAGGGAAAAAAAGUUUUCAAGGAACACUAAGAUUAAAUUCACUAGGUUCAAAUAUGCUUCCUUAUGAGAUUCAAAAUUUACUGUGUGAAAUUAAAGUUUAAGAGACCUAAAAUAAUGUACUCCCAAUAAAGAAUCAACACUGCUUCACA